UGCUGCCACCGCGAAUCGCCGCCCGAUGCCCUGGUUGCCGGUUAUCCUGGGAGGUUUCGCCACCUUGGGGAGUUUGGCUACAAACUAUUAUAAGGGCUGGCCAUUGUAUGCACAGUUUUACCGCACUCUGAUCUUGGGCGGAGGCGCGUACGGAAUAGGGUAUGGGAUUCAUAAGACAUAUGAACGACGCAAGCAUGUUCGUCUACAUGCCAUUGAACACUACAAAUCCAUGUUUCCCGACCGUUUCCCUCAGCGCAAAGUCCAAACAUACAACGACAUCAUUUCCCCGUGGACUCCAAACCGCUGAUAGUUACCUGUUCUCUUCCUGCCUCCUUCCUUCUAUGAACUACCUCUUUGAAAGUAGCUAUGAAAAAUAGAAUGUGGUCUCCACU